GUGGCGGCCGGGCAGGGCCGAGGCCCAGCCGCAGCUCAGCCGCAGCUGCUGCCAUGGGCAGCGUGCGCUGGGCCUUUCCUUGCACCGCCUGGCGCCCCCGCCGCCAGGAGUGGCUGCUGGCGGCGCGGCUGCUCCAGCCGGAGGAGAAGGACCGCGUCGGACAGUUUGUCUUUGCCCGCGAUGCCAAAGCCGCCCUGGCCGGUCGCCUGCUGAUACGGAAAUUAAUUGCAGAAAAGCUGUGCAUACCUUGGAAUGAAAUAGACUUGCAAAGGACAUCAAAAGGAAAACCUUUCCUGGCAAAUAAUGUAUUUGAUAUUUAUUCAAAUUACAACUUCAAUGUCUCUCAUCAAGGAGAUUAUGCAGUUCUUGCAGCUGAGCCUGGGCUUCAAGUUGGCAUUGAUAUCAUGAAGACUGAUUUACCAGGUAGUAGCUCGAUUACAAAUUUCUUUCACAUCAUGAAGAGACAGUUUACUGAAACAGAAUGGAGUGUAAUCAAGUCUAUGAGAAAUGAGUGGAUGCAGCUGGAUGUGUUUUAUCGACACUGGGCCUUAAAGGAAAGCUUCUUAAAGGCUAUUGGAGUUGGAAUUGGCUUUAACUUGCAAAGAAUUGAAUUUCAUGUUUCCCCGUUGCAACUGGAAAUAGGGAAGGUGUAUAAGGAGACAAAAAUGCUUCUGGAUGGAGAUGAGGAAGAAGAGUGGAUAUUUGAGGAAACCCGGUUAGAUGACCAUCAUCAUGUGGCUGUGGCUCUUGGGAAACAGGAGGGAUUUGGACAGAAGCAUUCUGAGGUAUGUUCCAUGGAGCCUAACCAGCCACAGUUUACCUUGUUGACUUUUGAAGAUUUAGUUGCAUCUGGUAUUCCAGUCGCACCUGAGGAUUCUGCAUAUUGGGAUAAUUUUUGCUCUAAGCAGGAGAGCCCAGUGAAACAGAAUUCACAUUCUAGAUCAGAAUGCUUAUAAGAAGACAAAAGUUGUCAGCAUUUUUAUGCAGUUACUCUAUGUAAUUCAGUGUGGGAAUAAGUACCAGAAAAAAUGGUAAACAUUGUGUAAAACUGAUUGGAGGCAAGGAAGUAACUUAUUUCAUAUCAUUUUCACUUAUAAUCUUUGUUAAUUAAAGUUUCCUGUAUUUACUUUUGCCUUUUAAGAGUUCUUUUUGUACUUUUUUCCUUGGCAACUGGUAUGAGCCAAACAGCAGUUCCAUUCCCCUGGACUGGCAUUUUCUUCUGUACUGUCUUAAGUUAUGUGUAAGGGGAGGAGGGAGGGAAAUAAAAACAAUUAACACAUGUAAACUCAUAACAUCUGACAACAGAACAUUUUCUUGUCUUACAGUGAACUAAAAUUUCUGGAGACAUGUAGAUCUUGAGUGCACCUUCAGAAUGUUUUAUAUUGGUUUUCAAAACAAAUCCUAUUUUGUGCCAUUACCUCUUGCUUUUCUUUCCUCUCACUCUUCUUUCCAGAAGUCAUGGCUACAUUAUGGUCCAUCUAAAUGUAAGGAAACAUCCUGAACAGAAAGAGUCAUACUUGAACAGGAUGAUUUUUGCAACUAAAAAGAGUUCAUUUCUGUUCUACAAUUAGACAUAAAUCUUCAGUAAAUUCAGGUUUGUGUACAACUUGGCUGUAUCCUGUAUUCUGAAUAAAGGAGAAUGUACUUGUAGUGUAACCACUGAAGCCAUGCCUUAUUACAAAGAUAAAUAAAAGGUUUAGAGAAAGAGACAAGUUUUACAAUAUUAACAAGCUUUUGGAGUUUUACUGUAGAUAAUUCUGAAUUCAGAUAUGCUGUUAAAUGUUCCUACCAGUUCUGAUUAAUGGCUCUCUCAUCUUGUGUGCUAAUCAUAGCUUUUGCUGCUUGGCUUUUUUCUUCCAAAGCUGUAAAUUAGAGAAGCAGUGACUCUUUUCUCCAGACUCCAAAGGGGUUAAAUUAGAUGCUUGGUAACUUAAAAUCUGAAGAUAACAGAAAUACAAAGUAAUUUAUAUACACAUUGUAGGUCAAGUAUUCAAGACACUUCCUUUUAAAGGAAAUAAAACUUGAAAUAAAUAAUUGGCACUUCAUGAGGGCCAGAAAAGGCUGUUCAGUAGAUAUGUAAUGGUAUCACUUACUGGGAUAGGAUUUUUUUAACUGAUUCAGAUGGCUCUGUUAUUCUAUUCUACAUUAAUUUUACUCUAAUUCCAGAAUGUGCUCAAGAACUGAAAUGACUAGUGCAUUGCCCAACUGAAAGAAAGGAGUAUGAGAGGCUGGAGAGUACUGAGUUCCAUGGCUGGCUGGUCAUCCAGUAUGUGCCAGUCCUCACCAGUCACUGAAGACCUGACCCCAUCAGUUGCAGCUGUACCAGCCAAUGAAAUAGCAAAAAAAGAUGGCAGGGACAGGGAAAUGAACUGCAAAUAUGGGGUGACAUGAAUAGGGAGUUUUCCAAUCUAGAUUUCUGUGGACAAAGGAACUCAUUUAAUGGUAGAUUUCUUUUUGCCUGAUGAUAGUGUCUCAAAAGAUAUUUUUUCUGUCAUUGGGAAAAGUUUAAAAUCUGUUAAUGAGACUAUAAAUAAUAUUGUGCUUGCAUGUAUGUAGAGGACAAACCAAUUUUGUUAAAUUAGAAAAUUGCAACUGGUUUGCUUGCCAGGAAUAUGAUAAUUUUCAGAACUUUUAUCUAAUUAGAAAGAUUCGAAAAACAAAGGAAUUUGCUUUGGUUAGCUUUCCAUGAAAUAAAAGCAUGGUUUCUAACAGUCCAGACAGAUUCAACUAGAAGAUUGCAGUUCCUUACAUUAUGAUUUUUUUCCAUGUCUUUGAUUUACACUGAGCUAUUUGAAAACUAAGAGUAAUCUCUCUUUUCAGCCUCAGGUAGCAGUAAGGUUAGGUGAUGGUAAUGCCUUGUGAAGAGCCACUUGAGUCAGGUUAAGUGUCAGUGCAAACAGUCAGCAUUUUUUUUGUAAAAAUUGCUUUUACCACUGUGGGAAAGAGCAGCUGUAUAGUUGGGGAAUUGCCAGCUUAAAAGCAAGCUGCUGAAAGACCAGAAGGACAUUCGGACUCUUACGAAUGUGAAUGAUCCUUCUUGAAGUCAUCAGAAGGUUUUUCUGGGCAUAUGGGUACUGCAGAGGCAUAUAUUGAAAUAAAUGUAGGUAGUGUGUACAGACAAGUUAAUGCAAUCUCACAGCUCUAAGAUUUCUUUUUUUAUUUAUUAUUUCACCAUCACACUUUCCCUUGUACAAAGAAUGAGCCCUAUGUCCACACACAGCUAUAAUACUGGCUUCCUUGUAUUUCCUCAGGCUACAGGCUUUAUCUCCAUUGCAUCUCUGCCGUUUAAGGAAUACGGGUCCAGCACAGCUCCUGCUUUCUUCACUAGUUCAAGUUGUUGGCCCAAUCCAGUGCAGAUGAGCUGACCUUUGCUGGUCUCCAUCACAUUUCUACCUACAAGAGGUUUCCUAGUUGUGUCUAGAAGCCUUCUGCCUUUCAGGUUCCUUCCCUGGAGCUCUGUUCCUUUAUCUGUUUUGUUUUCUAUGUACUACCCUAGGCAUGACCAUGCCACAUGCCUGCAUCCUAAAGGGUAAGAACCUGCAACAACACAAGCUCUGCUCCACAUGAGCUGUUCCCAGCAGGGCCUGUGACUAGGUAGGCUUUUCCCCUAUGGAGCAGGAUUGACCAGCCUCCCUCUUGCUUAACAUAAAGAUUUACAUCUUAGGUCAGGUGGGCUGCCCAAGGCUGCAGACCAACCCCGUGUUUCUGAGCAGUAGCUAUUAACAGUCUCUGACCUAAAACUAAAUUUCAAAACAUUUUGGUCUUCAGUGAACACAUUGUCAAAAGUGAAUAAAUGUGUUUUAGUUUGGACCUAUUAUAGUGUUUAAUCCUUUGUAUAUCUUGCAUUAAAAUUGUUAGAGUGGAUUGAGAACUUCAGGAGAUAACUGUAUUGAUGACAAUUUGCAACUGUGACAAGAUCUAUAACUUUGAAAAAUGGAUCACAGGUAUUCAUUCAGCCUUUUACAAAGUCUGUAAACCUAUGCAAGGUAUCUGUUUUUGCUCUGUUAUGGGAUCAAAUGCACUGAUGUUCAUAAAAGGUACCGAUCUUGGACAGAUUGUAGAUGUAGUAGCAGAAGUAGUGUAAAUAUGUUGUAAUUUAUAUGUUCUUGGAAACAUUCAGGCAAUAGCUCACCUUUAAACAAUUAUCUUUAACCAAGACAUUUCAAUAAAGCCACAAUCUACACCAAAAAAUGAAGAUAAGAAGGAAAAAGAUAGCUAUUCAACUAAACACAGACUGUGUCUUUGUCGGAGAUUUAGAAGGUUAUAGUGCUACUUUCUACAAAGGAGGUAAGUGCUGCUUGGGCAGAACUGAUGCAACCAAGUCUAAAAUAGUGACUCAGACAUCUAACUGUUGCCUAAUUCUGCAGGUGGCUGGACAUACUAAUUGCACUUCAAGUUCCUCCAGAAUAUGAUAUUUUGGAUUGCUCUACACUGUAUAGGAAAUGUAAGCAUGAAAAUGAAUUCUAAGAGCAAACAUUUAAAAACUUUUAUUCCAAAAGUCUUUUUUUGUAACGUGUUAUUUUCUUGUGCUGUACAUUCUGGGUUUUAUGGCCAGAUACUAUGUAUGAUU